UUUUAUUUUUCUCCCUAAGUUACUUAGGGCCUCACUGAGAUGCUGAGGCUGGCUUUGAACUUGGAUCCUCUUGUCUUAGCCCCCCAGCCGAGUCGCUGGAAUUACAGACAUGUGCCACCAGGCCCAGCUUGACAAGGGAUUUGAGUUAAAGUUGGAAAAAGUUCUGAAUACAAGACAUGGAGAGCUAAGAAUAAUGGGGUGGGCAGUGUGAGAUGGAUUCAGGAAAGAUGUCAAGGGGACAAAAUUAAUUCUGCCAACCUCCUAUGAGAGAGACACUGUUCUAUUGAAAACCUAUCAUCGGGUGAAAAUAAAAUGGGAAUCCUGGAGCUAAUCCACAGUUAGGAAUACACCAGGAAGGACUCAAGAGACCGUACUCCCCAUUAUUCAGCAGGUCCUCUGAUACCUUCAGGACUCUGGGAUGAGGGCCAAGAUUCCUUGUGCGGUUUGUAAGGUAUUGAGCUUGCUAGUCCUUUGCCUUGCUGUAACAAUGACAGUAUGUUCCUAUUGUGAGGCAUUUGCCAGGCAUUUUGAACUAUGACCAAGGACCACCUUCCUUAACACUGUGAUUCUGUGGGCAGCCAUAUGAAUUACAUAUUACCCCAUGUUAUAGAUAAGGAAACAAAGAUUGAUUUAAGGUCCCAGAGCCAACAAAUAUACGGCAUAUUUUGUAUGGAACCCUGGGAAACCUCUCAAGAGUCAAACCCUCUUUCAGCUUUGUCCAGUGGAGGUAUAUCUCUGUGGUAAAUCUCACCUGCUCAUGCUUAUGUGGUACCCUUUGACUUCCCAGUGUUAUUGGCAUACACUCCCCUGAGCAUAGGGCCCUUUUGUAGUUCUUUGUGACUCUGGCCUUUCUCUUCCCUUGACAAAAGACAGGGCUUUGAAUGUUUUAUUAUAUUUUAUUCAACAUGUGACUAAAUAAAAUAGUUUAAAAUUCCCAGCCUCUUCCCUUCCAAUUCAGCCUUCUGGGGCAGCCUGUGUGUACUUCCUACUUCUUCCCCAUUUUAAUUCUUUGCAAGGAAACUAGACACUUCUGCUAGAAUAUGUAUCAGGUCUAUGGCUGUUGCAAACUUACUAGUGGUAAAAAUAAGAAGGAAUGCAUUUCAGAUUCUUUGGAAAGAGAGACUGAGUGCAAGCACAUUAUCUAUAGUUUUGUGGGAAAUAUGCAGGACUUGAGCAUGGUGAGAGGAGAGAUGGAAAAAACAGGUCUUAAAGCCAGAGGUGUCUGGACCACUGGGUGGUGGAGGUGCCAGACACCCUUGGUUCCCUAGAUAAUGGGAGCUGUUGAGAGACCACAGCAGAUCAAAGGAGCUCCUUCUUAAGGCAGUUAUGUAAUUGGUACUUCUUGCCCCUCCCAGUGGGACCUGUGGUCCACCAAGGCUGCAGUAUCUGAAAUGUGGAGAAAGCCUAUUAUCCUGUGAUUCAUGAAGGAAGGAAGUGGAUAUGUGUUUGCAGAGGGAAACUGUUGUUAUGGAUAAGGAAAUGCAGCAGCUCCUAAGACAAACGGCGCAGUGAUCUAGGCUUUGGACUCCCUCGCUUUGAAUCCAGCUCCACAGCUUACUGUGCAGCUUUGAAUAGGUUGUGACAUUUUUUUCUUGUCCCAGCUGUGUGGACAGUGCCACACACCCUUCCAAACAACAACGGCUCUUGCGUGCAUUUUCCAGUGUUUCUUUUGUCAGAGAGUCCAGCAGAGCCGCAGGUCUUCAAGUGCCAGCCCUGAGCUGAGUGAGGAGCAUCCAGCAGAAAUGGUGAAAAUGACCAAAUCCAAAACGUUCCAAGCUUACCUACCAAACUGUCACCGAACGUACAGCUGUAUCCACUGCAGAGCCCACCUGGCCAAUCACGACGAGCUGAUCUCCAAGUCCUUUCAGGGAAGUCAGGGACGAGCCUACCUCUUCAAUUCUGUGGUGAACGUGGGCUGCGGUCCCGCUGAGGAGAGGGUCCUUCUCACUGGGCUGCAUGCAGUUGCAGACAUCUACUGUGAGAACUGCAAGACCACACUCGGGUGGAAAUAUGAACAUGCCUUUGAGAGCAGUCAGAAAUAUAAGGAAGGAAAAUUUAUUAUUGAGCUUGCCCACAUGAUCAAAGACAAUGGUUGGGAGUAAAGUGGAAACUUUCCAUUCUCUUGAAUACUAUUUUGUGAAAGAGACUGAAGUGUAAUGGAGAUGUAAGAGCAUCCUGGAUGACAAUAUUUCUUGAACUUUGACCUCACAGGCUAGCCGUGCUUUGACACUCAAAGGCCUCUCUUGGCCAUCUCCUUGGGUGCAGAUCACUGGAUAAGGCUGGAUGGACAGAUGGACAGCAGCCUGGAGGCAGCAGGAAGCUUCGCUUCAAGGAGCAAGGAUGAUCAAGCUCAAGUGCACACACCGCCUUCAGUUUCCCCUACCCCAAGCCAUGCCACUGGCCUUUGGUCCUAUGUUUGUGUGAGGUUUAUAAAUAAAGCUUCUGAUGUCAGA